AUGAUUGGCCCACUACCUCUUCUGCCACCAGAGGUGCCAGCACCCACUGACGCCACUUCUCCGACGCCACCUACUGCCACUUCUUUUGACUUCCUUGGUGCUGAGUCUGCUGGUGCUGCUUUUGCUCCUAGUGGGAGGCACCGCGACGGCAAGGGCAAGGGAGCCAAGAGUAGCGGAAGUGGCACAGGGGGGGAUGGUGGUGGAGGAGGUGGAGGAGGAGGAGGUGGCGGAGGGAGUGGUGGCGGGGGUGCUGGCGGGAGUGGUGGCGUCGGCGGCGGUGGUGGGAGUGGUGGUGGAGGCAUUGGUGGUGGAGGGGGUGGCGGAGGCGGUGGCGGUCGGGGCGGCGGUGGAGGCAGUGGUGGCGGUCGGGGCGGAGGGGCUGGCGCUGGGCAGAGACAGCAGCAGCAGCAAUGUCCCCGUGAGGCUCUUACGCCCCAGUAG